UAUAAAAGUGAAAUUAGCACACCAUUAUAUAACGAUGAAAAUAUAUUUCCUACAAAACUUACUAUUAAGGUAGAUUAUAAUAUUUUACACUCGUCAUCCAAAGUAUACACAUUGCCGUUACAUAUAGGAUAUGAAAUAUCACAAGAUCAUAAAUAUGAAGUUCAGUCUAUGUAUAAUGACUGUAAACGUUUUCAUAAAAUUUAUUUUUCUAUAAAACUAGAUCAGUUAUAUAUGUCCAACGAAUUAAGAAAAAUAUAUAAUGAUAAAAGUUAUGAAUUCAUAUUUUAUUGUAAUUGUUAUAUGGAUGAUAAGGUACAUGCUUAUUUUAAUGUUUAUCCCAUAUAUAAAAAUGUCAUUUUAAAAAAUUUAAGAAACAACCCUAAACUUUUAAAUUGA